CAAAGACGUGUACUAACUUUAACAUUGGAUAAGAAAAAUAUCAAAGAUGAGUAACUUUGAAGAGAGAAAGCCACAUGCAGUGUUAACACCAUUUCCAGUUCAAGGCCAUAUCAAUGCAUUGUUGAAACUAGGAAAACUACUUCACCUUAGAGGAUUUCACAUAACCUUUGUCAACACUGAAUACAAUCACAAACGCUUGCUCAAAUCAAGAGGUCCAAAUGCCUUUGAUGGUUUAACUGAUUUUAGCUUUGAGACUAUUCCAGAUGGUUUAACUCCAACAGAUGGUGAUGGCGAUGUUAGUCAAGAUUUACGCGCUCUUUGUCUAUCAAUCAUGAACAAUUUUCACCAAUUCUUUGGUGUAUUUCUUGCUAAACUUAAUGACUCUGCUACUGCUGGUCUUAUCCCUCCAGUUACUUGCUUAGUUUCUGAUUGCAAUAUGGCAUUUACAGUAGAUGCUGCUGAAGAACAUGCACUCCCAAUUGUUCUCUUUUCCCCAUGUAGUGCAUCUUACUUCUACUCUACUUUUCACAUUACUAAAUUGUUUCAGAAUGGUGUGCUACCACUCAAAGAUGAGAGUAAUCUAACAGAUGGAAAUUUGGACACUAAAGUUGAAUGGAUUCCAGGUUUGAAAAGCAUUAGUUUGAAGGAUUUUCCUGAUAUAAUAAGGAUAAAAGAUCCUGAUGUGAUAAAAUAUAAAAUUGAAGAGACAGAUAAAUGUCAAAGAGGCUCAACCAUUAUUUUCAAUACUUCUAAUGAACUUGAGAGUGAUGCUAUCAAUGCUCUUAGUUCUAUAUUCCCUUCUGUAUACACAAUUGGCCCAUUUUCUUCUUUUUUAGAUCAAAUUCCAGAAAAUCACUUGAAAUCUUUAGACUCUAAUCUUUGGAAAGAAGAUACUAAAUGUCUUGAAUGGCUUGAAUCAAAAGAACCAGGAUCUGUUGUUUAUGUAAAUUUUGGCAGCAUCACUGUUAUGUCUCGAGAGAAGCUAUUAGAGUUUGCAUGGGGUUUGGCCAACAGCAAGAAACCCUUUUUGUGGAUCAUUAGGCCUGAUCUUGUUAUUGGUGGCUCACAGGUGUUGUCAUCUGAUUUUUUGAAAGAAAUUUCAGAUAGAGGACUAAUAGCAAGUUGGUGUCCACAAGAGAAGGUAUUGAAUCACCCUUCAAUUGGUGGAUUCUUGACUCAUUGUGGAUGGAACUCAAUCAUGGAGAGUAUAUGUGCUGGAGUGCCAAUGUUGUGUUGGCCAUUUUUUGCUGAUCAACCACUUAGCAGUAGAAUUAUUUGCGAAGAAUGGGAGAUUGGGAUGAAAAUUGAUACCAAUGUAAAGAGAGAAGAGGUAGAGAAACUGAUCAAUGAAUUGAUGGUGGGAGAGAAAGGAAAGAAGAUGAGGCAAAAGGCGACGGAGUUGAAGAAGAAGGCAGCGGAGGACACGAGACUCGGUGGUAGUUCAUACAUGAACUUGGACAAAGUGAUUAAGGAUGUCAUGCUUAAAAACUAUUAGAUUUAUAUGAUCUUUUCUUGUUGAUUUUAUUUCUUUUGCGAGCACAAACAAUGCAUGAUUUAGAUUUCUAAUUAUAUCUAAAUUGUAAGCAAUCACAUACCUUGUAUUUUUUUACAAUGCAUUGUUUCAAAAGGGUUCAACGCUAAGUGAAGAUCUUUUGUUUUAUGUAAUAACAUCAUGGGAAGCUUUAUAAAUCCACAGGUUCCAAAUUUAGCUCA